ACACCGUUUUUUCCUUAUUUCCGGUCAUUGGUUCUCAACUCGCGAUGACUCGAACUCCCGAUAACUUGAACCUUUUUCAAUUUCCCUUGAAGGUUCGAGUUAUCGGGAGUCGACUGUACCACUUUUUUGUAGUUGUUAUAAUUGUUAAAAUGCUACGUUUGUGGAUGUUAUUUUCCCAUUGUCUCUUAAUCGGAGCGAUGACAUAACAACAGAAUCCCUACGUCUAAAAUAGAAUUAUAAAAUUAAGUUUUAUAUUCGACGAUGUUAAUUGAAAUUGACUCAAUUUGGCGGUCCAAACUGCCUAUAUUAAUUGUGCUGUUUACGUUUUGAGGCUUGUUUGCUGUUGUAUACAUGUUUUAAAAAUUGUCUUUCAAGUGCGUUGUUAUGGUUCACUAAGUAAUAAUCCGCGUUAAUUUUCCAAAGAAGUCGAUCGACAGCCGAUGCCUUUCAGUGCAACGCGAACGAUAGGUUUUGCCCGUAGGUUCCCGAAAAUCCGCGGGUGAGAAAAAAUUAGGUCCGCAAUAUUUUGGCCUCGACAGCAACUCGUUAUAAACUCUUAUGCUUUUCGUAAUGUUAUAAAUCGCUGUUUGGCAAUGAAAAUGGUUAGUCAUGUUCAGUUCAGUGAUAUCAAAACUCUUAGUCCUGUCCUCUGUCAGUUCAAUUUUCGAGUCACCACAAAUUAUAAGCUAAAUUCACCUUGUAGGAAUGGAUCUUACUUUCAACGAGGAGUAUAUUUCAAAGAAAAAAAAUUCAAUAGAAAAUAAAGAUCGUUAAAUUUUACACUUAGAAAUUGUAAACUUCAUACUCACACCGCCGCAAUUUGCUUCAGACAGAAAAACAAAAGCAAUAUCUCUUGAUUUGUAAUCCAUUUUGCAACAGGUCACGCGAAAGACAAAAAACAUCUGUUCAUCGAGUUCGUGUCAGUCACCCGACAGUGCACACAUAGACUGUGGGAAAAUAAUAAUUGUCCUAUGAUUGAAUUUUGAGUCUGACGCCGAUCCGAACGAUACCUUAUGCUGGAAUGAAAUUUACAGAGAAAUAGCAAGCAUUUUCUGCGUGUUUGAAGACUCCAUUACUCUCUGUUAAUUUUAGAAUGCACACUGACAACCACUUUAAGAUUUCAAUGAAUCUCAUCGCCUCGAAAGACAGUCUAUAAACGAUCAUGUUUGCGAAAUCAGAAUUUCAUUCUUUCAUGGUUGUAUUCGUCAAACGUCGUGCGAGAAUUUAAAAUUCCCAAAGAAUGUUGUUUUCUGUUUCGAAAUAAACCUGUACAAAUGUAAAUUCUGGCGCCACUGUGUAAUCCCUUGGGGGGCUGCUCGCUUACGUUUUGUCACACUAGUGUUGAUUUCCACCAAUCACAAAAGAGAACAGGCGGACUUGCCUGGGCUUGUCCUGUCAAAACAACGUUCUUUUCAUCCCGGAGAAGCGUCCUUUUUUCCGAAUGAUUGAAUUAACGCCGAGCCACCUCGUCUCAAAUUGAAAAUUCUUCGGCAAUGCGGCCGUCGUGCUCGAAAAGCAACGAUCUUUUCCGCUCUGAGUUUUGUAACGGCGAGUUUGGGUUGAAAGAGCUUGCGCCCGGUUUAUUGACAUCUGGAUAUGCAUGUGUAUCAUGGGUUUUGUUAUUGGUUAAUUGAUCUUUGACCAAUCAAGCGUUACGCGAUUGGACGUGGCACGGACCGGCGGAAGACUUUCAGUGCUAGAUACGUUACAGGCUCGCUUUCGAGGGACGAAACUGACGAAAUGGAGUUUAAAACCUUGAUUGUGUUCACAGUUUUCACCCUUCUGGGUACGAUGUUUGCGCUCCACUGCCCUAAAGAUUAUUUUGAUGGCAAAGACUUCUGUUGCCAACUCUGUCCAGUGGGCACUUUCCUAAAACAUCGGUGCAACGAAAGCAAAGGAAGUUCCUUUUGUGAGCCAUGCCCACGGGAAACAUUCAUGGAUAAAAAGAACAACAGCACUGAAUGCGAUCCCUGUAAGAAGUGUGGCCCAUCCCAGGUUGCACUGGAGUCUUGCAAGCCGAGUCGUAACAGAGAAUGUGGUUGUGAGCCGGGGAAGUACCAUGACCCAGCUGUCUUGUAUUGCAUGGAUUGUAGCAAGUGUGCUGUCGGGGAAGGGGUGUUGUCCCCGUGUAGGCAGACAUCCAACACUAAGUGUCAACCAUGUCCUCAGGGUACCUUCUCGGAUAAAGUCAGCCUUAAUGAGCCAUGUACUCCUUGCUCGAAAUGUGAUGGUACUGGUAUCGAAGAAGAGUGCACCGCGUCACACAAUACUAUCUGUUCACGAGCAAAUAUUACUCAAAGUAAAAUCCAGACAUCAAAAACCGUUCCCACUGUUCCUCUCACGGCUUCCGGGCCAACAAAUGGAGGAAGUUCGCUCGGGCCACUGGAGACGGAAAAAAACAAUAAAAUGAGCUACAUCAUUGGAAUUUCUGUCGCCAUUCUCGUAGUUUCUGGUAUUGCAGUCGCCAUAUUUUGCUUGUUGAGGAGGCGUUGUGAUGAGAGAAUCAUAGUCAAUGAUCCUGCAGGAAGAGAAGAACCCAAGUAUGACAUAGUUCCUCAAACGACUUCAGAGACACCCGCCCACGCGCGUUCAUCUCACGGUUUAAGAGGCAGGCGCACCAAUAACGCGAAGUCCAGUGGACAGCAACGAGACUCUGACUCCCAGGGAAGUAGCGGCUCGUUACAGGGCGUCAGCAUUGGAAAUGGAAAAAAUAAGACCUUGGUUCGUGAUCUUCCCUCGAAUGUGUUCAUUGAGUUGGGAAGACUUCUCAACCCCAAAUCAAGCAAAAACUGGGUAACGCUGGCGGGACAUCUCGGCUUCACUGCAAAUGAGGUCAAAAACAUGGAGCUCUGUCCAGAGGAAGCCACUCAGAGAACGCUUGAGGAAUGGGGCCAGAGAGACGGUUCGACGGUCGACGUGCUCUUAAGUGUUUUUAAAACAAUGAAACGCGACGAUUGUGUGCAAGUGUUAAAGCAAUGGGACAGCUAAAGUGCCGCGCAAGACUGGACUGAAGCGAGAGGAACUGUGAUGUCUGUGACGAGGCGCUAAACUUCAGAGAACGUUUUCGUAAGUUCUGCCUCAUGAAACUUCGUUUACCCUAGGUUAGUCGAGGAAUGCCUUGACUUUCUUGAAAAGCUCUUAUGGCGGAGUCCUCCCAAAGGAUUAACGGAAAGUUAAUCGGAAAUGUACGGCAGAUGUUUGGUCAGGUGGCUGAGAAUUCAGUUCUUCCAAAAGAGGAUGAAUCGCUCAUUCAUCCUCAGGAUGAAUCAGGAUCAAUCACUCAUUUCAGCCUUAUUCCCAAGGCAAUACUUCUCAAGUUAUUUUAAAGAUAGUACCCAGUUCUCCCGCGGAUGCUACCACGCGCGUUGCGAGGAUGCUUUCGUGAAGGAUUAAAAUGAGUGUAAAUGUUUUUGGGCUGACUACGUGAGCAAAAUUUACGUCACAAGAUUUGCUAUAUUUAGGCCCUCCUGAGAUUUUCUCAACUAGGAGUGACCUACUAAUAACUUGAGAUGGAGGUAUUACCUUAGGAAUAACGCCUUAACGGUGGACUAACUCUCGUACCUGUUAGAUUUUCGGAAGAUGCAACUUCGCCGAAAGAGACAUUUUCCAGCUCGUCGGCAAGUUGUUAAGGUCGGCACACACGAGGGGACUACUCCCUGCAACUAGUCCCCUGAGAGUUCACACGAAGGGACUGGUC